UUCCACACAGUCAACAACUCAGCUCAACUCCAGCAUUCAGUUCAGGAUAAACAUGACGACCGUCUGCAGCAGCUAUUCGCACUUCCAGCUGAGCACUGGCAACAUUAUGCUGCAGCAAUUGCAACAGCAGCAACAACAGUUGCAGCAACAGCUACAGCAGCAGCACCAACAACAACAACAGCAGCAACAUCAGCUGAUUGCUCCCAAGCCACAGCCGCUGGGCAACAGCCAAUUGCAGAAUAUGCAACAGCAAACAACACUCGGCCCGAUGCUCUCCAAGAAGAAGUAUCAAACGUUUACCCAUCUGCCAUACGGCGCAGGAGCUGGUGGCGAGCAGCAAAUGCCAUCGGUGGCACGUCGCAAUGCCAGGGAGCGCAACCGUGUCAAGCAGGUGAACAACGGAUUCGUCAAUUUGCGCCAGCAUUUGCCACAGACCGUCAUCAAUACGCUGUCGAACGGGGGACGCGGCGCCAGCAAGAAACUCUCCAAAGUGGAUACGCUGCGCAUUGCCGUCGAAUAUAUCCGGGGCCUGCAGGACAUGCUCGACGAUGGACAGCCGCGGCGUCAGCUCUUCAGCAGCAGCAGCCUCACCGACGACAUCAGCAACGACGGCAGCUACGACAGUCUCGACAGCAGCAGCUCGCCGGGACCGCAAAGCAUGCAGUACGCCGGACACUCGUAUCACUCGAGCAGCUCGCCCACGCACUCGUAUAGCGAUGCCUCCGAUCUAUCGGCCAGCUAUGUGAAGCAGGAGCUGCCCGAUCAGGACCAACAGCAGCAGCAGCAACAGCAACAGCAACAACAGCAACAGUUGCAGCAUCAAUUCAAAUUCGAAUCGUUCGACAGCUUCAGCGAUGAGCAGCCCGAUGAUGAGGAGCUGCUCGACUAUAUCUCCUCGUGGCAGGAACAGUGAGUGAGACAUAGAAGCGAACAAGAUCCAGUCAAGCCAAAAA